GGCACUAACGUCAAGUAAAGUCACAGAGUUUUUGAGUUUUGUCUUUUGAAUUUGAGGUUAUGUUUAUUUUUGUUUUUGUGAAAGUGAAAACUGUUUAAAAUGAAUGAACAAAUAUGAUGAAUAUUGAAAGGAUGUUUCUACUAGUAUAUUUUUAACUUUAUCUUUCAAACAACAUUUUCAAAAUGGUACACUUAAUAAAAGAUAUAAAAUCCAACUUAACUAUAUACCAUACAGCAAUAGCCGGCGGCGCUGCUGGAGCUGUUACGAGGGCCGUAGCUCAACCUCUUGAUGUCCUAAAAAUAAGGUUUCAGUUACAACUUGAACCUAUACAAAAAGGAUCAAAAUACAGUUCAAUAUUACAAGCUACUACAUCCAUCGUCAAAGAAGAAGGAAUUUUCGCUUUAUGGAGUGGUCACAUACCAGCACAGUACCUCUCCAUUACAUUUGGCAUUCUACAGUUUUCGACUUUUGAGAAAUUGACACACCUUUUCCAGAGAACUGAUCCACAGUAUUACACUGUUCAUAAGCAUUGGAUCAACUUUGUGAAUGGGGCGGUUGCCGCGGCGGUCGCUACGGUAGCAUCGUAUCCGUUUGACACGGUCCGCACGAGGUUAAUAGCCGAGCAGAAAAAAAACAAGGCUUAUAAAGGAUUUGUUGAUGCAUCUGCAAUGAUGAUUAGACAUGAGGGCUUCAGAUCUCUAUUCAAAGGCAUCAUUCCAACACUAGGACAGAUAGCACCCAAUGCUGGCAUACAAUUCGCUGUCUAUAAAUUCUUUACUAAUAGUAUAUUGAACAAGGUCCAGUACUUCCAACGGAAAGAAAUUAAUGUUUUUUCAACAAUUGAGACAUCCCUAUUGGGGAAUCUUUUGGCAGGUUCCAUAGCUGGCUCCGUGGCUAAAACUGUUAUAUAUCCAUUUGAUUUAGUGAAGAAAAGAUUGCAAAUUCAAGGUUUUCAAAAACAUAGGAGUGGCUUUGGACGGCAAAUGUAUUGCAGAGGGGUUUUUCAUUGUGUGCGGCUGACUGUGACAGAAGAAGGAAUGCUGGCAUUGUACAAAGGUUAUUGGCCGAGUAUGUUGAAGGCUGUUUUGACAUCCGCACUCCAUUUUGCGGCUUAUGAUGAAAUAAAGAGCCUUCUGUUAAGGAUACAAGGGUGGUAGCUAGUUUAUUUACCUAAUUUAUUUUAUCUUAUUUAUGAAUAGUUUAUUUGGUAUAUGAAUUAGUUUUUCAGUUUGUUUUGUUUGAUUUGUUCCUAUUACCAAUAAGUUUAUCUUUUCUUCUGAGACAGAAAAGAAAUCUGAAAUCAUAGCAUAUUAACAACCUUAAUUUUUUUAUGUUUCUGUUUAUAUUAUAACUUACUUAUUUUUAUUAGUAUAUAAUGGUCAUUGCUUUAUCUGGCAAAAAAAUAAUAUAAAAAGUGGGGUUAGCUUAGUUUGAGUUAUCACAAGUAUUUGAAAAUGUUUGUGAUUUUUUUGCCAAUAUACAUUACAAUCUGAAUGGUUUUUGCAUACAGCUACUGUUUGUAAAAAAGUGUGGUUUUAUAGUGUAUAAAUAAAAUGUAGUACUUAGGUACUUAUCUUAUAUAGGUAGCUUAUCUGUUGAGUUGUCUUUUUAAUUCUAUCAUGUUGUUAUUAUUUUUCAUAAGUUGUUGUUUAAGUAGCAAUCAGUAAUUUGAAAUUAGAAUCUUAUCCAUAUCCCUGUGAUACUAGCAGUAGAUUGUAAUUAAUAUAUUUAUUUCAUAGAAUUAGUUAUUUAUUAAUAAAAUUAUAAUCCUUACCAACAUACAUUUAUUAAUAGAAAAUUAUAAAAAU